AUGGCCAACGACCGUAUACGAAAUGCGACCGCGACCGCGACCGCGACCGCGCCCGCGCCCAGCAACUCAGACCUGGCGCCAUGGAGCGAGCCAGCGUGGCACCACGCACUAAACUCUCCUUACUACAAUGAUUCCCACCGCCGGCUGCGCAACUACAUGCGGGCGUAUUACGACGAAACAAUCCUGCCGUUUUCCCUCGAGUGGGAGGCAGCUGGCGGCGCACCCCGUGACGCAUGUCGCGACUAUGCUGCGACGGGGCUCGCCUUUGCCGAUGUGCCCGCCGAGUAUCGACCACCUCACAUUCCCGGCCCGGCGGGGAUCCCGGUUCAACACCUCGACACUUUCCAUCUGCUGCUGAUGACUGACGAAUCUUCACGGGUCGAGGGCGGCGUGGGCGUAUCUCUGGCCGGCGCCUCUGUCAUUGGUGUGCCGCCGGUGAUCAGAUGGGGCACUGAGGAGCAGAAGAAGAAAUGGUUGCCGGGCCUGUUUGACUGGUCCACGUCGUUUUGUCUGGCCAUCACAGAGCCAUCGGGCGGCUCUGAUGUCAGCAACAUUCAGACGACUGCGACGAAAUCGCCCGAUGGGACUUUCUACGUCGUAAACGGGUACAAGAAGUGGAUUACAGGUAUGCCAUGGGCAACCCACAUGACGACAGCUGUGAGGACAGGUGGCCCUGGAAUGGGUGGCAUCUCCGUGUUGGUGAUUCCUACCGAUUCGCCAGGCCUCUCUCAUCGGAGGAUCGAGAACAGCGGGCAGAGGGCUGGCGGUGCAUCGUGGGUUGAGCUGGACGACGUCAAGGUGCCGGUCGAAAACCUCGUUGGUCGUGAGAACGACGGCUUCAAGAUCAUCAUGACCAACUUCAACAAAGAGCGGUACAUCAUGGCCGUGGGGUGCAACCGGAAAGCCAGGACAUGCCUGUCGCACUCACUGGCCUAUGCACACAAACGCUCGACGUUUGGCAAACCGCUCGUCAGCCAUCAGAUCAUCCGCCACAAGAUCUCGAACAUCGCCCAGGGAGUCGAGAGUCACUGGGCGUGGCUGGAGCAGCUGGCAUACCACGUCCAGCACUCCGAGAAGAAGUUUGACGACCCAGAGAUUGCUGGCAGAAUAGCCUUGGCCAAAGUGCAGGGUGGGAGACUCUUGGAAAUGGCGAACAGGGAAGCUCAGCAAAUCUUCGGCGGAGCUGGUUACCAGAAAGGCGGGGUCGGUGCAACAGUCGAGCAGAUCAGCAGGGACCUCCGGAUGAUGGUUGUCGGAGGCGGAAGCGAGGAGAUUCUCUCGGAUUUGGCCUUCAGGCAAGAGACUGCCUUAUCUAGGAAAAAGGGAUGGAAGCUGUGA